UCCUUGGCGUGCACUUCUUCCGAGGCCCCCCCUCUUCUUCCCCGCAAAGCAACCCUUUUCUCCCCCCACCCCUCUCUCUCUAUCCUUCAUCGAGACGCCAUUUCCGUACUCGUAAGCUUUUUCCCAAACAAGUAUUUGUUUAUUGGCGAUCGAAGAGCGAGAUCUGAGUUCCUCACAAGUGCUUUUGCUUAUCGAGCUCGAGAUCACUUCUCCGCCCCCAAGUCGUAAUCAGAAGCGCAUUUUUUUUGUUUCGAAGAUGUUGGGGGACUUCCUCACCAAUAUACUUGUGUUGCUGUUCGGAUACGCUUAUCCCGCAUUCGAGUGCUUCAAGAUGGUGGAGCAGAGACCAGGCCAGAUCGAGCAGCUUCGAUUUUGGUGCCAAUACUGGAUUAUUGUUGCAAUCGUCACAGCGUUUGAGAGGCUAGGAGAUGUAUUCGUAUCAUGGUUGCCAAUGUAUGGAGAAGCAAAGUUAGCCUUCUUUGUCUACUUGUGGUACCCGAAAACAAAGGGCAGUGAUCUAGUCUACGACACUUUCCUGCGGCCGUUGGUUAUGCAGUAUGAGCCAAAUAUCGAGCAGAGGUUGCGGCACCUGAGGGCUAGAUCGGGGCAGCUGCUCAUCUUCUACAUCAAAAACUUCACCGACAAAGGAACGCAAAUGUUCCUCGAGGUCCUUAAAUAUGUGGUCUCUGAGAAAUCUAGACUAGUAGACUCCGAGGGGAACAAGCGGUCGGGAUCGCACCCGAUCACGAUCAAGCGGCCGACCGUCUUCGACGAGCUCACGGCCGACGAGUGGCGGCCGGAGGCUUAUGCCGACGCGGUUGAAUCCCCACGCGCUGCUGCACGUGCGAAGCCGCGGCGCUCCUGGUUCAGCAAGCACUAGGGAGGAUACGUGUGUAAAGUGAAACAGGAGAGUACAUAGAAUACAAUGUGGAUGCGAACUUGCCAAGAUAGGAUCAUGCAGAUUUAUAGAUGAAACAGUGGUGAUUGUUAUUUUCUUUUUGUAUUUUCUUUUUUCUUUCUUUUUUUCCCCCUAUUUCCUUUCUUAGCACUAAUUAUUAUUUGAUUAAAUUCACAAAUCCCUAUCUGUUAGCAUC